CUGAAAACGAUUUCAAUCGAUCGCUGGUUUCUAAUUGCACAAACCUACAAAACAAGAAGGUUAUAUAAAAAUUACACUGUAUAAUAUUGACCUAACGGGUGCAAUAGCGGACUAAUCAUUGACCGAUCGAAAUCUAUUUCGAAAUGCUCGCUUAGCCAUCUGUGUUUUCUACUUCUGACUAGCAUGAAAUAUAUAGAAGACUCUUAACGAGUCUUAAUUAUCAGAUAUAAUUUGAAUGCUUCGUUAAAAAUCAAAAUUGGUUUUUAUUGAAUAAAUAUCUAUUUUUUUCUAGAUCAAAAUUCAGCAUGUCUGAUAGUUCACCAGCAACAUUGUCAACUGUCACUCAAUGGGCUAAAUCUGGUUGUGAUUGGGAGCGCGUCUAUCGUUAUUUGUUUGUAUAUCCAAAUGAAUUAUUUCAAGUAUUGGAUGGAAGAAGAUGGUCAAUAGCCCAUCAAAUUGUAUAUCAUGGUAAUGUAAAAUUACUUAAACAGAUAUUAUCAUUAUUCACUGAUAACAUUGAUAUUCGAACAGAAUCUUUGGAUCACAAAACAUUACUAGAUGUUGCGACAGAAAGAAAACAAGAGUGUGCCGAAAUGUACGAUUAUGUUAAAAAGUUAUUUCAACAAGAUGAAUUUAUUAAUGCUGCUAAAGCAUCAAAUUGGAGUAAAGUUCAAGCUAUGCUAGCAAAAAAUUCGGAUCUGGCAAAUCUAAAACCACCGUAUUCACCUUAUUUUUUAAUUCACUAUAUUGUAAUGAAUGGUGACAAAAAAGUUUUGACAGAUUUACAAAAUCGUUGUAGUUUUAAUAUGAAUGUACGUGGCAACAAUGAAACGCCACUGGCUUUAGCAAAAAGAUUAAAAAAAACGGAGUUGUCUGAGAUUUUAGAACCAAUAACGGACCAACCAAUCCCUAGUCAACGCCCAAUGGUACCUGAUCUAAUCGGAUCGAAAGUUUCUACCAGUCAGCCGAAUCAGAUACCCUCUACAACAUUCUCUAGCCUUCCAAUCCCAUCACAAAAGCUAAUUGGUUUUCAACGUUUAUUAUUAGAUAUUAAUAACAAUGGUGAUUUUACAGUAGGUAAUGAUACAACAACGCUUAAUCCAGCACCAUCAUUAUCAUUACCAUCAGAGAAGCAUAGUUUUAUAGAAAAAGUUUCUUCAA